AUGUCGUCGGGAAGUGCGGCCGCCGUGGCUGGCGCUGACUCGGCGCCGCACUUCGUGCUGGUGCCGAUGAUGGCCGCUGGCCACGCCGGCCCGAUGCUCGACAUGGCCCGCACCCUGUCCCGCCGCGGCGCGCUCGUCACGUUCGUGACGACGCCCCUGAACCUGCCCCGCCUCGGCCGCGCCCCCAGCGACGACGCGCUCCCCAUCCGCUUCCUCCCGCUCCGCUUCCCCUGCGCCGAGGCCGGCCUCCCCGAGGACUGCGAGAGCCUCGACGCGCUGCCGGGCCUCGGCCUCCUCAGCAACUUCAACGACGCCUGCGCCAUGCUCCGCGGUCCGCUCGUCACGCGCCUCCGGGACGACAGGGAGGGCGGCGACACCCCGCCGGCGAGCUGCGUCGUCUCCGACGCCUGCCACCCGUGGAUGGGCUGGGUGGCGAGGGAGCUCGGCGUGCCGCGGUUCUCGUUCGACGGGUUCUGCGCCUUCUCCUCCUUCUGCAUGCGCCAGAUGAAUCUCCACAGGAUCUUCGACGGCGUCGACGACGACAGGCGCUCCGUGCGCGUCCCUGGCUUCCCCAUAGACGUCCAGAUAUCGAGGGCACGGUCGCCAGGAAACUUCACGGGUCCCGGCAUGAAGGAGUUCGGCGAGGAGAUCAUGGCCGAGAGCGCGAGAGCCGACGGCCUGGUGGUGAACAGCUUCGCGGAGCUCGAGCCCAUGUUUCUUGACGCCUACGAGGCCGCCAUCGGCAAGAAGAUAUGGACCGUUGGGCCUCUCUUCCUGACCCCCACCACCAUGCCGCCGCCGCCGGCGAUGACAGAGGACGCGAACGCCGUCCGGUGCGCGAGCUGGCUCGAGUCCAAGAAGCCCCGGUCGAUGGUGUUCGUGAGCUUCGGCAGCCUGGUGCGCUCGUCGCUGCCGCAGCUCGUCGAAAUUGGGCACGGCAUCGAGGCGACCAAGCGACCGUUCAUCUGGGUGGUCAAGCCCGGCAAUCCCGCCGAGUUCGAGCAGUGGCUGUCCGAGGACGGCUUCGAGUCCCGCGUCGGGGAGAUGGGCCUGGUGAUCAGGGACUGGGCACCGCAGAAGGCGAUCCUGUCGCACCCGGCGACGGGCGCCUUCGUCACGCACUGCGGCUGGAACUCCGUGCUGGAGUGCGUCGCGGCGGGGCUGCCGAUGGUGACGUGGCCGCACUUCGCGGAGCAGUUCAUGAACGAGAAGCUCGUGGUGGACGUGCUGCAGGUCGGCGUGCCCGUCGGCGUCAAGGACGCCGCGCAGUGGGGCGUGGAGACGGAGGGCGUGGCUGCGACGAGGCAGGACGUGGAGAGGGCCGUGGCGGAGGUGAUGGACUGCGGGGAGGAGGCCUCCGCGCGCCGGGCAAGGGCCGCCGAGCUCGGCAGGAAGGCUCGGGAGGCCGUGGCGCACGGUGGGUCGUCGUACCGGAACGUGGCGCUCCUCAUCCAACACGUCAAGCACUAG